ACCGUGCCUAGCAGCAUUGCCGUGCCUAGCAGUGUUGUCGUGUCUCGCAGUGUCGUCGCGGCGGAAAAACGAAAAUGGCAGGGGAAAGAAGCGUCGGGAGGAGAUGUUGCUUUCUCCUCUUGGGAUCUCUCUCUGUAUUCGUCAUACUCCUUAUGUCUUCGUCUUUGCCAAGACCCGACUUGUCUCGGCUGUACCAGAGGGUACCUGGUUCACAGCUGCGACAGGAAAGUUCUGAACUUCCCCCGCCGAUCCACGCAGCCGAAGACCGCCACGAGGGCUCCUCGUCCGUGUGGGAGGAGCCAGGAUGCCACCUCCCGAAGCUGGACCCUUGGGACCCGUCGAUCCUGCCCUAUCUCCCCAGAUUCCCCGACUUCCGUUGCGACGGGAUGGGGGAGCCACUCUUCAAGAAAUACGGUCCGGAUCAACUGUCCUUCCAGGGGAAAGAGGAACAAGGACGGUCGAUCGAUUGCUGCUACACUCCUUUCUGGAGGGAGCUGCCGUCUCCUUCAACGUGGAUAGAGUUUUCCGUCAGAUACGAAGAGGAAUGUGUAGCUCUUCCAUUAGAUACGGUGGUAGAGAUUCCUCACGACUUCGUCCGCGUGGUAUGUGGAGUCAAGAACAAGCCGAAAGACCAUCCUUUGUAUGAAGAGUUCUUUGCCUUUGUCCCACGAAGCAUCGCCAACGGACAAGGACGCCAGGUAGCACAGAUCAGAUCGAGAAAAGAACGAGUAGUGACCCGACCGACAGCAGGACAGAAUAAUGACCAACCGAGAGAAGAAGAGGAAGAGCAAUCGAGAGAAGAAGAGGAAGAGCAUUCGAGAGAAGAAGAGGAAGAGCAACCGAGAGAAGAAGAGGAAGAAGAACCAAAUACCAGCUCAACCAACUGGUUGAGCGUCUUAAUCCUGGGCCUGGAUGCGAUUUCUCGAAACAAUGCGAUACGACACCUACCCAAGACACGUCGAGUCCUUCAGGAGAUGGGUGCCGUGGAUUUCCCCAUGUACCACAAGGUUGGCGAUAAUACAUUCCCCAAUCUCAUACCUUUCCUCACUGGAUCAUACCCAGAAACUCUGCCAGAGGACUGCUAUAACGUCACGGGUGAUGGAUAUUUCGAUUCCUGUCCCUUAAUUUGGAAAGAAUUUCAGAAUCAGAGUUUCGUGACGGCCUUUGUGGAAGAUUCCAUCAGCAUCGGUACUUUCAACUACAUGAAAAAAGGUUUUUACAAUCAACCAACAGAUAUUUACGGCUCUCCAUAUUUCUACGAGGCAGAAAAAAAUACUGGGAAACAACUGGGAUACGGGCUACAAAACGUGAAAGAAUGCUUGGGCCCUCGUCUUCAGGCUCAAGUCCUCCUGGAUUAUGCCUUCGAUGUUGCAGAAGUAUUAGCGAAGGAUGCGUAUUUCGCUUUUUUCUGGAGCAACAGCUUGACUCACGAUUUCGUGGAAGCACCUGCUUUGAUAGACGACCCCUUGUAUAAAUUCUUGACGGAAGGGAACAAAAAGAACCUAUUCAACAACACUGUAUUGAUUUUUAUGAGCGACCACGGGAUCCGAUGGGGUGAUUUGCGCAACACGGAUGUCGGGAAGUUGGAGGACAGGCUUCCAUUUGCUUUCGUUUAUGUUCCACCGUGGUUCCGUCAUCGGUACAGAAAAGAGUGGAACGCGUUGCAAGGAAACACUCAGGUCCUUGUGACCCCGUUCGACCUCCAUGCCACCAUGCACGCCCUCACGAAUUUUCCGCUCGGACUCCGUCAACCGUAUAACGAGACUCGUAAUGGGAAGAACCUGUUCCUGCCGAUUUCGAAGACUAGAACGUGCGAAGAUGCCGGAAUAUCCCCCCAUUGGUGUUCGUGCUGGUCUUCGGUUCCCGUGAACUUGACUAUGGACUUCGUGCAAGAGAUCGGCCGGGUCCUGAUCUAUCACGUCAAUUCCAUAGUCGAGAAUCACCGCCAAUGCGCCAAGUUGAGGCUGGCAUCCGUGGACAGGGCUUCCAUGCACGUAAACAACUUGAUGGAAUAUUCUUCUCCAGAGGAGUCCUCGAAGGAAUUGACGGUCGCGUUCAAGACGUUGCCCGGUCCCGGCCACUUCGAAGCCACCGUGAAGCAACAGCCGUCGAAGAACAAUAUCUACGAGGUGCUGGACAUCAAUCGGAUAAAUCUGUACGGAUCUCAAAGCUACUGUGUCCAGGACACCCGGCUCAAACUAUUCUGCUACUGUCGAGAACUUUAA